ACGGUUUUGGGCUUAAUUGUUCUUCACAUCUGCGACCCUUCCAGGUGCUGAAUUCUCCUGUUUUUCUUGACAAAGACUUGAGGGGACUGCUGGUUUGAUCUUCGCUAUCAGUCAGGAGAAAACAGAGAGAGAGAGUUGGGUUCAAUUGAUAAAAGAAUUUUAUCAUCAAAUACUUGCCAAGGCUUUAGCGCAUUUCUUUCAAUCGAAAUUUCUGAUCAUAACUUGGUCAAAGCUUAGCAUCAGUCUCUAUGCACAACUAUAUAUUGAAGACCUCUGUCAUGGAAAUAUGUCAAAAAAAGAAGCAAUUAGGCUUUCAAAUAUAUUUCUGCUCACCUCAUUAGAGAUGCCAGUUUCAAGAAUAAGUCUGAAACAAAUUCAGUGAUUGAGUUUAUUGCCAUGCUUCAACUGGAUGAAUGAACUCAUCAACAAGCCUUACAUACAAAGUUGUUAACAGCAACAAAUCCUGCAGCAAUGCGCGCGGGUGUCAUUUCUAGUUUACUAUAUACUAAACGCAAUAGAAGACGGGAUACGGUUUAGAAAAAAAGGAGAAGAAGAGCGAUUGGUCUUGGUUUUGAAGUUUUUCUUGCUGAGUUUUUUGGUUUGAUUAAGGAAUUUUGUGACUGAAGAUAAUCGUGCUAAACCAACCAGCAAAAGUCUGAGGAUCUGAAAAGCAAGGGUUGUCGAUUUCUAGUGAUCGUUCUUGACUUGAAACAAGUCGAAGAGUGGAAUCUAUUUUAGUUUUCUUCACAACGACCACUGAAGAUUGCUUCAGCCAUGGCUGUUUCAGAUGAGGAGAAAGAUUAUGAGGAGGAGGAUGAGGAGGAGGAGCAGGCCGGUAGGGGUGGCCGACUUCUCGGAUUUAUGUUUGGCAAUGUCAAUGACUCGGGACAUCUUGAUGUCGAUUAUCUUGACGAGGAUGCGAAGGAACAUCUUGCUGCACUUGCCGACAAGUUGGAUCCUUCUUUUACAGAUAUAGAUUUGUCAGUAAAAUCACAGAGAAAAUCAGCUGAUGCUGUCGAACAAGAUUAUGAUGAGAAGGCUGAAAAUGCAGUUAAUUAUUUUGAUAUUGAUGAGGAAUUUGAGGGACCAGAGAUUCAAGCUGCUACUGAGGAGGACCAUCUCUUGCCCAAAAAGGAAUAUCUUUCUGCAGAAGUUUCAUGGGCCAAAUUACGUGAAGCAGGAGAUGAGGAGGAGGAAAAUUAUGAUGAGGAAAGUUAUCAGGAAGAGGAACAUGAGGUGGUUGAAAAUGAUGUUGAUGUUCAGUCUAUCUCUGUCUCUGGUGAUGAGGGUAUGCAUAUUGCAGCGGAUCAUAAAGGACAAACAUCUGAGGAGAAUGGUUGUGAAAUUGGUUCGUUAGAUUCUGAAAAUUUGGUUGAUCAUGCAGAACAGCUUCAGGACAUACUUUCAGACAGAAGUUCCACACCAUUGCCCGUUCUAUGCAUAGAAGACGGAUUGGUGAUCUUACGGUUCUCAGAAAUCUUUGGCAUUCAUGUACCCUUAAAGAAGGCUGAAAAAAGAGACCAUAGGUACUCUGUUGCUAAAGAUAGGUAUGAAUCGAUGGAUAUCUCUGAUAUUGUUGAAGACGAUGAAGAGGCAUUCCUAAAAGGAACUGGUGACGGAGUUCCAUCUUUAAAACAGGCAGGUGCAGUGAAACAUGCUAUCUCAGAAUUCAAUAACGAUGACUUCAACAUUGCAAAAUUUGACUUUGUAAAAGAGGAUGCCCCUGUGGAUUUGUGGGAUGGGCCAGGAAAGAGCAUGUGCCUCGUCGCAGAACCGAUGAAAGAGGAUAGCAUUGUGGAUCCUUCUUUGGAAACAAAAUCACCUUUGUGUUCUACAUUUUACCCUCUUGAUCAGCAGGACUGGGAAGAGGAAAUUCUUUGGGGAAACUCUCCUGUAACGAGUAACAAGUCUGUUGAAAGUUGUGAAAUUUCCGGACCUUAUGAAGCUUCAAUUAAUAGUGAAACCGAACCUGAUACUGGGUCACAAAAGAUUCAGACACACUCCCAAAAAGAACUUGAUGAGAAGGAUCCUGGUCUUACGCUACACAGCUACUCUACUCUGUUGGAGCCUUUUGGCUCAAGAAAUCUGUCAGGACCGCCAUGUCCCAGUUUAUCAGAAAGCAGAUACCAUCCCCAACUUUUAAGGCUAGAAUCUCGAUAUGAAGUGGAUGACCAUGCGGAUGGUAGAGUGGAGAAUUCUGGUGAGAAGCUUCAUAAGGGACAUGCUGUGAGGCAUUUCAGCAAACUUAGCUCAAAAAACAGAGACAUACUGGAAGGAUCUUGGUUAGAUCAAAUAAUUUGGGACCCAGAUAUACCCAUUAAUAAGCCAAAGCUUAUCCUUGAUCUUGAAGAUGAGCAAAUGCUUUUUGAGAUUUUGGAUAACAAAGACUCUGAACAUCUUAAGCUUCAUUCAGGGGCCAUGAUUGUGACUCGCCCUUUAAAGUCAAGCAAUGGGGACUCUUUGGAGCUGCCAAAUCAUGGAGGUCAAUUUGGUUGGCGAUAUGUUGCUAAUGACAAACACUAUUCAAACAGGAAAACUUCUCAGCAACUAAAAUCAAAUUCUAAAAAACGCACUGCUCAAGGCAUAAAGAUUUAUCACUCACAACCUGCACUGAUGCUACAGACGAUGAAGUUGAAGUUGAGCAACAAGGAUCUUGCUAAUUUUCAUCGACCAAAAGCUUUGUGGUAUCCCCAUGAUAUUCAAAUAGCUGUAAAAGAACAAGGGAAGCUGUCCACUCAAGGACCAAUGAGAAUUAUUAUAAAGAGCUUGGGUGGCAAAGGCAGUAAGGUUCAUGUAGGUGCUGAGGAAACUGUUUCUUGUGUUAAAGCAAAAGCUUCAAAAAAGCUAGACUUUAAGCCAUCCGAAACAGUGAAGAUGUUUUACUUAGGGAGGGAACUUGAAGAUGAUAAAACACUUGCUGCUCAAAAUGUUCAACCAAACUCUUUGGUUCAUCUUGUUCGUACAAAAAUAUGUUUGUUGCCAAGGGCACAAAAGCUUCCUGGUGAGAAUAAAUCUUUGCGGCCUCCUGGAGCAUUUAAGAAGAAAUCUGACCUUUCAGUGAAAGAUGGACAUGUCUUUCUGGUUGAGUAUUGUGAGGAAAGACCUUUACUUUUGAGCAAUGUUGGUAUGGGGGCAAGAUUAUGCACUUAUUAUCACAAAUCAGCUCCAGAUGAUCAAACUGGUUCGUUGUUGCGGAAUGAAAACAGCAGCUUGGGACAUGUGAUUUCGCUAAACCCUGCUGAUAAAUCACCUUAUCUGGGAGAUACGAAAGCUGGAUGUAGUCAAUCAUCUCUGGAAUCAAACAUGUACAGAGCACCUGUAUUUUCUCAUAAGGUGCCGUCAACUGAUUAUCUAUUAGUUCGCUCUGCAAAGGGAAAGCUUUCAAUUAGACGCAUAGACAGGCUGACUGUAGUCGGACAGCAGGAACCUCUCAUGGAGGUAAUGUCUCCUGGAACCAAGAAUCUUCAAAAUUACAUGAUUAGCAGGCUCCUAGUCUACAUUUGCCGUGAGUUCCGUGCUGCCGAAAAGCGCCAUUUUCUUCCUUGUAUCCGUGCAGAAGAGUUACCUUCACAAUUUCCUUACCUAACUGAUACCUUUAUUAAAAAGAAGCUGAAGGAACUUGCGAAUUUGCAGAAGGGAUCAAAUGGAAGAUGGAUUUGGGUUAAGAAGCGCAAUUUCCGGAUUUUCUCAGAGGAUGAAUUACGGAAUAUGGUGAAGCCAGAAGAGGUAUGUGCCUAUGAAAGCAUGCAAGCUGGUCUUUAUAGGCUCAAGCAUUUAGGAAUUACUGAAACACAUCCUUCAGCCAUAUCAUCUGCAAUGAGUCGUCUCCCUGAUGAAGCAAUUACUCUGGCUGCUGCAUCCCACAUUGAAAGGGAACUACAGAUUACUCCAUGGAACUUGAGUAGCAAUUUUGUAGCCUGUACACUGGGAAAAGAAACUAUUGAGCGUUUGGAAAUAUCUGGUGUGGGUGAUCCAUCUGGUAGGGGCCUAGGGUUUAGUUAUGUUCGUGCUACUCCGAAAGCAUCAAUGUCAAGCGCUGUUGUGAAGAAAAAAUCUGCUGCUGGUCGAGGAGGUUCCACUGUUACCGGAACAGAUUCUGAUUUACGCAGAUUAAGCAUGGAAGCUGCACGAGAGGUUCUUCUUAAAUUUGGCGUUUCUGAUGAACUGAUUGCGAGGCAGACUAGAUGGCAUCGGAUUGCAAUGAUACGUAAGCUAUCAAGUGAGCAAGCUGCAUCUGGGGUCAAAGUCGAUGCAAAUACUAUCAGCAAAUAUGCACGUGGACAGCGUAUGUCCUUUCUUCAGCUGCAGCAGCAGAACCGUGAGAAGUGUCAGGAAAUUUGGGAACGACAAGUUCAGAGUCUUUCAGCUGUAGAUGGUGAUGAAAAUGAAAGCGAUUCUGAAGGAAAUAAUAGUGACCUAGAUUCCUUUGCUGGGGAUUUAGAAAACCUGCUUGAUGCAGAAGAAUGUGAAGAAGGGCUAGGGGGUAAACAUGAAUCCAACUAUGAUAAGGCAGAUGGUGUUAAAGGGCUUAAAAUGAGAAGGCGCCCCUCCUUGGCUCAAGCAGAAGAGGAAAAUGAAGAUGAAGCAGCCGAAGCAGCUGAAUUAUGCAGGUUGCUUAUGGAUGAUGAUGAAACUGAGAGGAAGAGAAAAAAGAAAACAAGAGUUGUGGGGGAUGAAGCUCAUUUGGGUCCAGGCUCCCGAACAGGUUAUGGGUUUGAGAAUGCAGAUAGGGUAAAGCAAAUCAUUGAUGCAGGACAACCUGAUGGUUCCUAUACUUCAAAAGAGAAUCCAAUUGGAGACGCGAAAGUGAUGGAAAAUCUUCUUAAAAGAAACAAGACUGGAAAACUCAAAGGAAUAAAACAGAAUGAUGCUGCGCCUUUGGGUCUAACGAACAAAAAACUGAAAAUAUCAGGAGAUGGGGUCAACAAGGUGUUUAAGGAGAAGAAAUCAGCAAGAGACAGUUUUGUCUGUGGAGCAUGUGGUCAGCUUGGACACAUGAGGACAAACAAGAACUGCCCCAAGUAUGGAGAAGAUCACGAAACACACCUGGAAGCUCCAGAUCUGGAGAAAGCAUCUGGGAAGUCCACUACCCUGAAUUCAUCUAAUCAGUCUCAGCAGAAAACUACUGCAAAGAAGCUGAAUAAAAGUGCAGCUAAAAUUGCCAGGGUUGAAGCUUCUGAAGUUGAAACCCCAAAGGUUCUCCCAGUGAUAUUCAAAUAUGGGUCAACAGAAAAGGUUCCUGAUAAACAGGCUCCUGGAGAGACUGAGAGUUCUGAGCGGCCGGCCAUAUCUGAUCCUGAAACUGGGAAGUCUACUCUUAAGGUUAAUAAAAUAAUAAUUUCCAAGGCAAAAAAACCUGAAAAUGUACCAGUUGAACCACAUAAACCCCCUAUUGUUAUACGGCCUCCGACCGAUAUAGUUAGGAGUCAUGUUGAACCACAGAAGCCAACCAUUGUUAUACGACCACCAGCAAAUACAGACAGAGAUCUGGUGGAAUCUCAAAAGCCCUCUACUGGUAAACAGUCAUCAGUGGAAGCACAUAGAGAGCAACAGCAUAAGAAAAUCAUAAUUAAGCGUCCCAAAGAAGUUAUUGAUCUAGAUCAAGUCAGUCAGGAUGGGAGCACUCGUGAUGAGCACAGGAAAACUAAAAGAAUUGUUGAAUUGACAAGUUCUGGAAAGCACAGGAAGCAGGAUAACACAAAUUUUGCAAAGGAAGCAGCAAAAAAGAAAUCUAGAGAUGAUAGGAGAUUGUGGGAGGAGCAGGAACAACGAAGAAAUGACGAGAGAUUGAGAGAAGAGAGGGUCAGAAGGCUUUAUGAAGAGGAAAUGAGGAUGAUAGAGGAGAAAGAAAGAGUAGUGGAGCUCAGGCGAUAUGAAGCAGCCAUCAGACAAGAGAGGGAGGAAGAAGAACGUCAGAAAGCAAGGAACAAGAAGACGAAGAAACGGCCUGCGAUAAGAGAGGACUAUUUAGAGGACUCACAGACAAGAAGGUUUGAUAAUAGAAUGCCAGAGAGAGAUCGAGGCACCAAAAGGAGGCCAGUUGUUGAGUUGGGAAGGUAUGGUGGAGAAUCUGCCCUAAGUACAAAGCGUCGUAGAGGAGGAGAGGUUGGUUUGGCAAACAUCUUGGAGCAUAUUGUAGAAACCCUCAAAGAUCGAAUUGAAGUUUCGUAUCUUUUUCUUAAACCUGUGUCCAAAAAGGAAGCUCCAGAUUACCUGAACUUUGUAGAGCGCCCCAUGGAUCUAUCAACAAUUCGGGAGAAGGUAAGGAAAAUGGAGUACAAGAGCCGGGAGCAAUUCAGGCAUGACGUUGCUCAGAUCACCAUCAAUGCCCACUUAUAUAAUGACGGUCGUAAUCCAGGUAUCCCACCCCUUGCAGAUCAACUUUUAGAGAUCUGUGACUAUAUGCUGAUUGAGAAUGAUGAAAGCUUGACUGAAGCUGAAGCAGGCAUUGAAUCUGUAGAUAACUAAAUAUCUUUUUCCAUUAGUACUAUUGUUUUUUUUUUUUUUUUGUUGGGGGCGGGGGGUGCUUUUGAACUGUGGAAGCUUCUUGGUCGAUUCUGCUCUGAUCAAGAAGACGGCUUGAUAUUAUCUUGCUAUGUAGCAUCAAUGCAGGAAAUAUUUUGUAACCGAUUUAAGUGGUUUCAAAGUUGCAUCAGUUAUACAGUGCAGAUCUACGUCUUUGCUUCAUCAGACAACCUUGGUUGGCCUUGCGAAGAACUAUUUUGUUGUUAUCAAGUAAAAAAAGAAAAAGUUGGAGAAGUAGGAUAUUAAUCUUAUGGAAAACCACUCAACAUUGUGUUC